AUGAAGGCGCGAAAAUAUGUCGUUAAAAAUCAUUUCAACGGAAUACCAAAAAGAGAGGAUUACGAAGUUAUAGAAUACGAGUUACCCAGCCUGGUAGAUGGUGAUAUUCUCAUAAAAGCAGAAUGGGUAAGCGUCGAUCCUUACAUGAAAGUUUUCAGCAGCAACUUCCCAACACCAUACGAUCAGUUUGGAUUCCAAACCGGCGUAGUUCUAGAAUCAAAAGAUCCAAAAUACCCAAGAGGAACGAAGGUAGUCUCCCAUGCAGGCUGGUGCGACUACUGUGUAAUAAACCCAGGAAAAUUCACCUCUGAUUUUGAGAUUAUCUACAAAAUGCCCGAUCUACAAGAUCUGUCGGAUUCCAUAGCACUGAGCGCAGCGGGUAUGGUCGGAGCUACGGCUUAUUUUGGACUCCUGGAGAUCUGCAAGCCGAAAGCUGGUGAAACACUUGUAGUGACAGUCGCAGCAGGCGCAGUGGGAUCCAUAGUUGGGCAGAUAGGGAUGAUCGUUGGAUGCAGAGUGGUAGGCUUCACUGGAUCAGAUGAGAAGGUCAGAUGGCUAGAAGAUGAGAUCGGUUACGACAGAGCAUUCAACUACAAAACCACUGACAUUGACGAAGCAUUGAAAGAGGCGGCACCAGAUGGAGUGGACUGUUAUUUCGACAACGUUGGAGGCGAAAUGAGUAGCAUCAUCAUGAACCAUAUGAAUGAGUUUGGAAGGGUGUCAGUGUGUGGAUGCAUCAGUGCUUAUACCGCUGAGGAGGAUAACUUUCCUAAAGCAUCUACAACGCAACUGAAUAUCUUCUUGAAACAGUUGAAAAUUGAAGGUUUUAUUGUCUUACGCUGGUUGAACGAAUGGCCUACAGCGUUUAGGGAUAUAACUAGUUGGAUCAAAAGUGGAGAAAUUAAGAUUAAAGAACAUGUCUUGGAAGGUUUUGAUAAUAUAUUCGAUGCGUUUAUCUCAAUGAUCUCAGGUGCUAAUACCGGUAAGGUGGUUGUUAAAUUAUAA